CGUUUUUCGGAUGGGGUCUGAGGGACACCAGGACAUUGACCUGGCCAUUCUCACUGCUCUGCUUAAAGGAGCCAACGCAUCGGCUCCUGACCAGCUCAGCCUGGCCCUGGCCUGGAACCGAGUGGACAUCGCCCGCAGUCAGAUCUUCAUCUACGGACAACAGUGGCCUGUGGGUUCUCUGGAGCAGUCUAUGCUGGAUGCCCUGGUGCUGGACAGAGUGGACUUCGUCAAGCUGCUGAUCGAGAACGGAGUGAGCAUGCAUCGCUUCCUCACUCUCUCCAGACUGGAGGAGCUCUACAACACGAGGCAUGGACCAUCCAACACUCUAUACCACCUGGUCAGAGACGUCAAAAAGGGUAACCUCCCACCAGAUUACCGCAUUAGUCUCAUUGACAUUGGAUUGGUCAUCGAGUACUUGAUGGGCGGAGCUUACCGAUGCAACUACACCAGGAAGAGGUUUAGAACGCUGUAUCAUAACCUCUUUGGACCCAAACGACCCAAAGCCCUGAAACUGCUGGGGAUGGAGGAUGACAUGCCGAUCCGAAGGGGUCGUCAGAAGACUACACGGAAGCGGGAGGAGGAGGUGGACAUUGACCUGGAUGACCCUGAGAUAAACCACUUCCACUUCCCCUUCCAUGAGUUGAUGGUGUGGGCCGUGCUGAUGAAGAGACAGAAGAUGGCACUGUUCUUCUGGCAGCACGGGGAGGAGGCCAUGGCUAAAGCCCUGGUGGCCUGUAAGCUGUGUAAGGCCAUGGCCCACGAGGCCUCCGAGAACGACAUGGUGGACGACAUCUCACAGGAGCUCAACCAUAACUCCAGUGAGUUUGGCCAGCUAGCCGUUGAGCUGCUGGACCAGUCUUACAAGCAGGAUGAGCAGAUGGCCAUGAAGCUGCUAACCUACGAGCUGAAGAACUGGAGUAACGCCACCUGCCUUCAGCUGGCUGUGGCCGCCAAGCACCGCGACUUCAUCGCCCACACCUGCAGCCAGAUGCUGCUCACCGACAUGUGGAUGGGACGGCUGCGCAUGCGCAAGAACUCUGGACUUAAGGUGAUCUUGGGCCUGCUGCUGCCUCCGUCCAUCCUGAGUCUGGAGUUCAAGAACAAGGAUGAGAUGUCGUACAUGCCCCAGGACCAGGACACCUACCUGCAGGAGAAGGAGGAGGAGCCUGAGAAGCCUGCCAAUGAGAAGGAAGAAGAGGACAUGGAGUUCACAGCCAUGCUGGGAAUAAGCACGGAGGCGUCUCGUAAGAAGGGCGUGGGGGAGGUCCAGAAUAGACACCGGCUCAUCCCAUGGGCCGGAAGAUCUACGAGUUUACACACGCCCCCAUCGGUCAAGUUCUGGUUUCACACAAUGGCCUAUGUGGCGUACCUGAUGCUGUUCAACUAUAUUGUGCUGGUGAAGAUGGACCUGUGGCCCUCACCGCAGGAGUGGAUAGUCAUCGCUUACAUCUUCACCAAUGGCAUCGAGAAGAUGAGAGAGAUUCUGAUGUCGGAGCCGGGGAAGCUGUUGCAGAAGGUAAAGGUGUGGCUCCAGGAGUACUGGAACAUCACGGACCUCAUGGCCAUCCUCAUCUUCUCUGUGGGCAUGGUGCUCCGCCUCCAGGAGCCGCCCCUCAUGAGUUACGGCCGGGUCAUCUACUGCGUUAACAUCAUCUAUUGGUACAUCCGGCUGCUCGACAUCUUUGGCGUCAACAAAUACCUGGGCCCCUAUGUCAUGAUGAUCGGCAAGAUGAUGAUUGACAUGAUGUACUUUGUGAUCAUCAUGCUGGUAGUGUUGAUGAGUUUCGGAGUGGCCAGGCAGGCCAUCCUGAAUCCCAAUGAGGACCCAUCCUGGAUGCUGGCUCGGAACAUCUUCUUCAUGCCUUACUGGAUGAUCUAUGGAGAGGUGUUCGCUGAUCAGAUCGACCCUCCAUGUGGCCAGAAUAUCACCACAGAGGACGGGCAUGUUGUGGCUCUGCCACCCUGUAAGACGGGAGCCUGGAUCGUUCCUGCCAUCAUGGCCUGCUACCUUCUGGUGGCCAACAUCCUGUUGGUCAACCUGCUCAUCGCUGUUUUCAACAACACCUUCUUUGAGGUGAAGUCCAUCUCCAACCAGGUGUGGAAGUUCCAGAGGUACCAGCUCAUCAUGACCUUCUACGAGCGGCCCAUCCUCCCCCCUCCCCUCAUCAUCUUCAGUCACAUGACCAUGGUCCUCAAGCACCUGUGCUGUCGCUGGCGGAAGCACGACGAUGACGAGAGAGACUAUGGCCUGAAGCUCUUCAUCACUGAAGACGAGCUGAAGAAAGUGCAUGACUUUGAGGAGCAGUGCAUCGAGGAGUACUUCCGCGAGAAGGAUGACCGCUUCAACUCCUCAAAUGACGAGAGGAUCCGAGUGACAUCAGAGAGAGUGGAGAACAUGGCCAUGCGCCUGGAGGAGGUGAAUGAGAGAGAACACUUCAUGAAGUCAUCACUGCAGACCGUGGACAUACGGCUGGCCCAGAUGGAGGAGCUGAUUGGUCGGAUCGCUGUGGCUCUUGAGCGAGUCACGGGGGUGGAGCGGGGGGAGGUCAACAAGGCCCGCUCACGCACCUCCUCGGACUGCACAGACUCGGCCUACAUGCUGCGUCAGGGUGAGUGCCCAGAUGCGGCUUACAUCCUGCGCCAGAGCAGCUUCAACAGCCAAGAGGGGAACUCCUACCGGCUCAAUGAGGGUGCAGAGGGCUCCAUGUCUCCGCCCUCCCCCACCGGCCUGGCCACGCGCACACGCAGUCACUCCUUCUACGUGGGCGGAGGUCGUGAGCGAGCUGGGGCCGACAGGGCCGAAAGGGCCGACCGUUUCCUCAAGGAGCGCUCCUUCAGCCUGCACCGAGCCAAUAGCUCACAGUCGGUGGCCUCGGGUACCGCCCCCAAGGAGUCUAAGCCCCUCCCACUGGCCACGCUGUCCAUCUCCCAGCAGCACCGCCCCUCUUCCUGCAUCGACAUCUAUGUGUCGGCAUCCGAGGAGGCGGGGCCAGCCGAGGUCUUCUCGGAUCCGCUGAGGAUGGCCCCUCCCCUCCGGCACGACUCUUCGCUCCACUCUGAGAUUAUGGAGGCGGUGCUGUCGAGCGGGAGGGACUACAGCGGAGGCAGCGGUUUGGGCGACAGACACUCGGAGGGUGGUGCCGUGUUCGAGGACAGCGCGGCUGCAGACCUGUCGCUAUGCUCCGCCCACCUUCUCCCAGAUAACACCAUGCCGACCUGGGACCUGGACCCCUCCCCGCCCCCGUCAGCGGGACCACUGGAGCGCUCCAAGAGCAGCCGCUACCUGUCCACUGGCGGCAGGGGCUACCUAGAAGAGACUCAGCUGGUCAAAUCUCACAGCCUCAUGUUUACACCGCGAGGCUGCUACGGAGGCUUAGGGGCAGGGGUUCAGGUCAAAGCGGCUGAGUACACCAGCAUCACCGACUGCAUAGACACCAGGUGUGUCUCCGCCCCUUACUCCACCGCAGAGCGCUCCCACUCCCCCGGAGGCUCCACCUCAUUCCCCUUCAAUAAGCCCCCGGACUUGGGUUCCUCCCACCCAGAGCGCGAGGCCGAGCUCAGCCACACAGAGUCAGACCCUGAAGACCCAGAGGACCUGGCCCCGGCCCCCGAGCCCCAUCGCAUGGGGAGGGGCUUAAGAGGGGCGAGUGGGACCCCAUUCUGCUCGCCCUUCUCCAGGCUGGAACGAGCCAACAGCUGCUCCUCAGACGACUCCUCCCACCCAUCAUUGGCCCCUCCUUCACACAGAAAAAGCCUGUCGGUCAGUGAGAGGAUGGAGAGGGGUGCAGACCGUGGGGUUCUGGGGGGACCCAGGAACCCCUUCCUGAGGAGCAAGUCUGGGGCACGGCCCGACACCAAGACAGACAGCCUCUCCAUGAGAAAGCUGACCACCCCCUCUGCGUUCAGCAGCUUCGACAGUAGACACAACUACACGUGACAAUGAUGAAGAAAACAGGACAGGGACAGGGCACACUCUGUUAUACAGGACCAUAGGGCCAGCCAGGGGUAAAGGCAAGGGUCAUGGGGAGGGCUCCUACCAGUGUAAAACAAAGUGCUAUGAAGCUAGGGUAGUUCUUACCUCCUCCUGAAGCUGACUCUUGUUGUAUGUUUGGUGAUGGAGGGUAUGUGCCGUGUCUGUCUACCAUCUUUUUAGUCAAGUCAACACAUUGUUACUGCAAUGCAUCACGUCACAGAACACUAGUGUAGCCCAAAUAGAAAGUAUAAAAAUGAAAUCUCUGAUAGGACAGUUUAGUCAGUCUUUAGAAAAUAAUAAACUUGGCCACCUGACAAUAUAAGACUGGAGGUCAGAAUUGUCACCUCAACCCAAAUUUCCUCAGGUUCCCUAGUUUCCUCUUUGCCCUUAAACUGCCCAUACUCAUGGAUAUGACUCUAUACUUCUGUGCUUCCACCACUGAAAUAGCAGUCUUUCCACCACUGAAAUAGCAUUGUCUUUUCACCACAGAAUAGCACUGCAUGCUACAACAAUAGCAGCAGUAGUAACCUCAUCCCCAGGGUAAUUGUACAUAUCGCAUAUUUUUAUUUAUUUUUUAUUUCACCUUUAUUUAACCAGGUAGGCAAGUUGAGAACAAGUUCUC